UGGCCUAUCUUACAAUAUUCCAUAUUCUCUUUGUGCUCUUUGUGUGGACAUAUUGGAAGUCUAUUUUUACUCUCCCAGUGCAGCCAGGCAAAAAGUACCAUAUGUCCUAUGCUGACAAAGAGCGCUAUGAAAAUGAAGAAAGGCCGGAGGUGCAGAGGCAAAUUCUGGCCGAAAUUGCAAGGAAGUUGCCGGUGUACACAAGAACGGGGAACGGAGGUGUUCGAUUCUGCGAUAGAUGCCAGCUAAUAAAACCAGAUCGUUGUCACCAUUGUUCUGUUUGUGCUAUAUGUGUGCUAAAAAUGGAUCAUCACUGCCCAUG